GAAUUAGAAUCAAAAUUCAAAUGCAAGUCCGAAAAAGGAAAAGCAUGAACACAGAGAAAAAAUGGAGAAUGGCGUGAGCCUGACUCGGUCACGUUUCUUGAUGCCCAAGUAACCCUAUAAAACCGCCACGUCGCUCUCGUCAAGAUUCACAUUUUCACAGCUAGCUCGCUCACGCAAACCUAGCCAUGGCUCCUCGCAGCCUUCUCGGUCCUCCCGAGCUCCACAAACCCUCACCCACCACCACCGCUCCGCCACCACCCCAACCCGAAUCCAAACCCGCCACCGGCGAACCCUUCGUGGACCUGAUGGUGGCGAAUUUCAACGACGUCGGAACCAAGCACGACCUCCCGAUGGGACUGACGGAGAACGCCUCCGCCACGUUUCUCUCCACCGGCAACCCCUGCCUCGAUCUCUUCUUCCACGUCGUCCCGAACACUCCGGCCGACUACCUCACCGAGCAGCUCCCCAAGGCCUGGGACCGCGACGCCCUCACCACGCUCAAGCUCAUCUGCAACCUCCGCGGCGUGCGUGGCACCGGGAAAUCCGACAAGGAAGGCUUCCACACGGCGGCGUUUUGGCUCCACAAGCACCACCCCAAAACCCUCGCCUGCAACCUCGCGUCCUUCGCCGAGUUCGGUUACUUCAAGGACCUUCCGGAGAUCGUGUACCGGCUGCUGGAGGGCGAGGACGUGAGGAAGAAACAGAAGGCCGAGUGGCGGGAGAGGAAACGCGGCGGAGGCAGGAAGCGACGCGAGUCGAGUCGGGAACCCGGAUCCGACGGAGAAACCGGGUCGAGGUCCGAGAAGAAGAGAAUCAGGAGCGAGGUGCCGAAAGAGGAGAGGGAGAAGAAGGCCAAGGAGUGGCAGAAGGGGGAGAAGGCCAAGGCGAGCGGGUUGAGGAAGGAGAAGAAGAUCGCCAUGGCCAAGAAGGUCGUGGUCCGGUACGAGCGCGACCCGGAUUUCCGGUUCCUUCACGACCGGGUCUCGGAUCUUUUCGCCGAGUGCUUGAAAUCCGAUAUGGAGAAUCUCAAGUCCAAUCAGCUCAACAAGAUAACCCUAGCGGCCAAGUGGUGCCCUUCGAUUGACUCCUCAUUCGAUCGGGCCACUUUGAUCUGUGAGAGCAUUGCGAAGAAGAUUUUCCCGCGCGAAUCGAACAAGGAAUAUGAAGGCGUGGAGGAGUCACAUUAUGCGUACAGAGUGAGGGACCGGCUGAGGAAGGAGGUGCUGGUGCCGCUGAGGAAGGCCUUGGAGUUGCCGGAGAUUUACAUGGGGGCUAACCAGUGGGGGAAGAUUCCGUAUAACAGAGUGGCCUCGGUGGCAAUGAAGCUGUACAAGGACAAGUUCAAGAAGCACGAUGAGGAGAGGUUUAAUAAGUAUUUGGAGGAUGUGAAAGCCGGAAAGGCCAAGAUUGCGGCCGGAGCUCUGCUUCCGCAUGAGAUUAUUGAGUCUCUGAAUGAUGGUGAGGGUGAUGAUGGGCAAGUGGCGGAGCUUCAGUGGAGGAGAAUGGUGGAGGAUAUGUUGAAGUUGGGGAAGAUGAACAACUGUUUGGCUGUGUGUGAUGUGAGUGGGAGCAUGAGUGGGACUCCGAUGGAGGUGGCGGUGGCGUUGGGGCUGUUGGUUUCGGAGUUGAGUGAGGACCCUUGGAAAGGGUUGGUGAUCAGUUUCAGUGCGGAUCCUCAGCUGCAUUUGGUGAAGGGGGAGAGUCUUAAGGACAAGACUGAUUUCAUCAGGAAUAUGGAUUGGGGGAUGAACACUGAUUUCCAGAAGGUGUUUGAUUUGCUUCUGAAAGUGGCUGUCAAGGGGAAUUUGAAGCCGGAGAAUAUGAUCAAGAGGCUGUUUGUGUUCAGUGACAUGGAGUUUGAUCAGGCUUCGGCAAAUGAGUGGGAGACUGAUUAUGAGGUGAUAGAGAAUAAGUUUAAGGAGGCCGGGUAUGGGGAUGUCAUUCCGCAGUUGGUGUUUUGGAAUCUGAGGCACUCCAGGUCUAUCCCUGUGCCUGGGAAUCAGAAAGGGACUGCUCUGUUGAGUGGAUUCUCUAAGAACUUGCUGAAACUCUUUAUGGAUAAUGAUGGGGAAGUUCAGCCGGAUAUGUUCAUGGAUUUGGCCAUUGCUGGACCAGAGUAUCAGAAGCUGGUUGUGCUGGACUGAAGUCGAUGGUGAUGAUGAGUUUUGCUAUGUUAAUCAAGGAUCUGUUUAGUGAUAGUUGGAGGACAAAAAGUGAGAUGAAAUAAAAAAUUUCUAUGUUUUUACUCCCA